AUGAAAGAUUGUCGACCAGUGAUUUACCUAGAUGAAACCUGGGUAAAUCAGAAUCAUUCACGAUCUCAUAUUUGGCAAAAUAACGAAGGAACAGAAGGGUUAAAAGUACCAAUCGGUAAAGAAGGUUGUCUAAUUAUUACACACGCUGGGUCAUCUCGAUACGGGUUCAUAGAAGGGUCAAAAUUAGUUUUUAAAUGUCAAGCGAAAAAUUCUAUUGACUAUCAUUCAUCAAUGAACGCCGAUGUUUUUAAAGUAUGGUUUGUAGAUAUGUUAAAGCUACUUCCCGAACCAUGCGUUAUUAUCAUGGAUAACGCACCAUAUCAUUCCAUGUAUAUUAAUAAUUACCCAAAAUGUAAUGCUCGAAAAGCUGAUGUGCAGAAUUGGCUGAAAAAUCAAGGCGUUAAUUUUUCACCACUAGAAACAUUAGCUGAAUUGCGUGAACGACUUAAAUUGUUAAUACCGUCGUUUAAAAGGUACGAGUUAGACGAAAUCGCGUGUUCGAUGGGCCAUGAAGUAAUUCGGCUACCACCGUAUCACUGCCAGUACAACCCUAUCGAACUCAUAUGGGCGCAAGUCAAAAGUGAAGUGGCAAAAAAAAAUAACACUUUUAAAAUGGUGGACGUCGAAAGACUUACAAAUGAGGCGUUGGAUUCGGUAUCAAAAAGUGACUGGGAGAAAUGUGUUGAAUAUGCUGAGAAGAUUCAAGAUGAAGAUUACGAAAAGGAAAUAUUGAGAGACAGUUUGACGGAGCCAAUGAUUUUAACAUUUGCAUCUGAUGACAGUGAUUUCGGUACUGACGGAGACAGCGAAAACGACGUUGAAGAACUAGAAUAA